GAAUAAUAAGUGCUUAGCUGAAAUUGCAGCUAAAAGUGAAAAUGACAUAGAAAUACUAACAGCAAAAGUAAAAAACAUGAAUACACGUUUAGAAGCUCUUAAAAAAGAACCAGCCUUGGACUCAAUAACGGAAUUAGCCUAUAUGGAUCAAAUAUCAUUGAAAAUGGAACAAUUCGAUAAGCUAAAAAAUUAUAAAAAAUUGGAAGAAAAAUUGGAAGAAUUAAUUAAAGAAAAUUAUAAUUUACAAAUCGAAUUAUUUGCGCUAAAAACGCAAUCUUUAAAUAAUAUGUUUAAUUUAGAGAAAAUAAAAAAAAAAGUUAAAAAUGAUUUACAACUUAAUGAAAAUAUAAAUGAAACUCGAAAAAGUAAUGUAAAUAAAUUCACUAGGAAUUUUGAAAAAGACUUUAAUAAAUUCACUAAGAAUUUUGAGAACCAGGUUAAUAAUGAUCAAAUCAAAAAAAUAAAUUAUCAAGAAAUUGUUGAAAAAAGAAGCAAACAUAAAAUGAAAGAGAUAAAUAACUAUUUAAAAAUACAAGAAAAUACUUUAAAAAAUAAAUUUGAUAACAAUAAAUUAAUGAUAGAAUCAAGCUUUUAUAUUAAAACACCAAAUGAUUUAGAUAAUAUUAUAUAUAACUCUGAAAAAAAAGUAAAAGAAUUAAAUGAUGAAGAAAAUUCAAUUAGAGAUGAGCUUGAGAAAACCAUUAAGCAUACAGAAAAGUUGCGUCAUAAUAAAGAUAGUGAUUACAAAUCCCAAAUAUUAAAACUGGAUACACAAAUUGAAUAUUUAAAGGAAUAUUUGAAAAAUAAUAAUGAUUAUAAAAAAUUGAAGAAGUUUUAG